ACACACCGCUGAGGGGAGCAGCGGGAGCCAGGAGGGGUCUGCUGCGCCCUGCGGUCCCUCCCCGGCCGGGGGUUGACUGAAUGCAGCAGUGGGGACGGACAGCUUCAAGCGCGGAGACUUCGCCCUUGCGCCCGCAGCGAGGCCCAGAGCACUACAUUCACAGCAAUGUUUCCUGCAGUCCUUGAACAUGCAGUGUUUCCCACUUAUUUUUUUCUUUCAUUUCUCAAAAGUCAAAGCACAGACCCACGUCUAACCAGGUCUGUACCCCUAACCCUCAAUGCCCACCCGCAGAGGGGCAUGACCGUCAGUCUGCAGGAGCGAGGUCUGUUCCGUGCGGGCAUCCCAGCGCAGAGGAGCCAGGGCCCAGGGUUCUGCCCGACCCGGGCAUCACCCUUCCCCAAACUUGGGGGUCAGGAAAGCUGCACGCUUCCCCUGUGACAUCACAGAGCCCGUUGCCACGGGAGACCUGCAGACCCAGCCCCGAGGCAGGGGAGGGCAGGGUCCGCAGCACGGGCCUGGCCGCUGUCCCCACACUGGCCCUCCAUGGAAGCCUUGGUCUGUGCAUUCUCCCAGCUGCGCAUAAGAGAAGGUGCCGGGCUGCGGGGAGGAGCGCCAGGGUAGAUGCCCCCCUGCCCCGACCUGGGCCCAAAGCCAGGGGCAGUCUCAGGGACAUGCAUGCCUGGGAGAGGGGAGUGGCCAUGGCCACGGCCUGUGCCCCGACCCCGUUCCAUCGCCACCCUGGCGCCAGGAUGCUUUCUAGGGUGGGGCCACCAAGGGCGUCAGGAAGGGCGCCGAGGCCUGAAAGACCCUGGUGCCCUGGCCUCGGGCUCCUCAGCCUCCCUGCGGGCUGGGGGAGGGCCAAAGGGGCCUUCCACACAGGCCGGCAGGGGCUGGGCAGGCCGAGCCGGGAGCAUCAAGCGCUGGUCAGCCGCACCAAGGGGGUGCGCCUUCACGCCGCCCUGGCCCACCCCUCCUGCUCGCCCUCCGCAGAUGCAGUGAGCUGGGCCCGAGGACCCAGCCGCCCUGACACGCCACCCGACAUCUACGAGGGGGGGCUGGGGGCUCAGCCGCCGCAGGGCCCCAGCGCCCAGGGAGGCAAGCCCAAGAACUUCCGGCUGCGCCACCUCCGGGCCCUGGCCCUCUACCUGCCCGGCCCCACGCGGCCCGCCGGUCAGUGCGAGAGCCACUGGCUGGGCCGCCUGAUGGCCGGGGGCUGCUUCCCCGGCCCUGAGGCCACGGCCUGGCCUCUGGAUCUGCCGCAGGGCACUCUGGGCCCAGGUAACAGCCACUGCUCCGCCUUUCUGGAAGCUCAACUGCCCAGGGGCAGCCUGGGAAAUACAGCGUCCAGUUCCAGUGUGGGCCCGGCCAAGGGUGACCUUCCCCCGCCUGGCACGGCCGAGGGCCCGGGACUCAGGCCCAAGAGGUCCUGGCGGGCCUCCGAGGAGCCCCCAUGCCCCUUGUGCAAGAGGACCCGUUCGGGGGCCCUGGAGAGGCUGUAGGCCCGGUGCGGGGCUGUCCUCCCGUCACGCAGGAGGGCGGGGUGCCCGUGGAGAGGCAGGGUCCACCGGGGGGCCCGCCCGUGCCCACCCUGGAGGUGCCACAGGUGCGCAGGAUCCGGGCGGGCGGGAGGAGACCCGCAGGAAGGGCAGCGGGGCCUGGGCCUGCCCUCGCAGCCUGUCCAGCUCAGGCCAGCUGCGUGGGCCCGGGAGCCAGGCUGAUGGACAGCGGGCUCCCGAGAGGCCAGGGAGCCCGCAGCCUGCCCUCAAUAAAAGCCAAGGCCUGCACCCUCCUGUCCUGCCUUCAGGCGCCGGCCCUGGGCCCAGGGCCGGUGCUCCCGCCUUGGUUGCGCUUCCUGGGUGGGCGGGCCGACGGG